AUGCCCACCCGAAACGAGAACUUCUAUUUCAGGCCAGCCAUCCUCCUUGUCAGUCAAUUUGCUCUUGUCGUCACUGAACUGCGACAAGCAUUACUUAACAUCACUGACUCAAUAUUCCAUGACACUGUAUGCUUCCCUUUGACCCAGGUUGAAGACGAACUAUUCAGUGUUCCCGAGCAUGGACUGAAAGAGGUCAAAGGCGGCCCUUUCAAUACGAUGUUCGCUCUUCCAGUGGAGCAGGGAGGUACUCGGGAGGGUUCCUCGGAGAAGAACCCCAUCCGUCUUUCCGGGAUCAGCGCCUUUGAUUUCCAGAGCUUUCUCAAAGUAAUAUUUCCGCAACCGUUGACCGAGAGUAUGACUCUUACACUCGAAGAAUGGACCUCCGCUCUCAAGCUCUCGACGAUGUGGACAUGCGCCGCCAUCCGCACGAAAGCCAUCACUCAGUGUUAUACACUCAUGGACAAGUCGUGUCCGAUCUCAAUGGUAGUCCUAGGAAAACGAUACCACGUCUCAUCGUGGCUCCUCGAAGGUUACACUACUCUGUGUAUGCGGGACAAUCUCCCCACCGUCGAGGAGAGGAUCAAUCUUGGAUUAGACACAACGCUUAGGAUUGCAGAAGUAAGGGCAGAAGUGCAUCCUAUGAAGAACAGGUCUGCCGGAAAGGUUUUCGAGAAGUCGAAGGCUCACUUCGAAGCUGGGGUUAGGAAAAUCUUUCGGGAGGAGCUGUUGGAUGAUGAGGCAUACAUGGAGGAAGACAAAUUGGUGACGCAGCCUAGCAGACCCUUACCGUACGAUCGCUCCUCCGUGUUACAUAUACCUUCUCACUGA